AUGGGCUCCUCCCGCGCCAAACACUCUCCCCGUCACCGCGAGCCUCUGCAGCUUCCACGCCAUCCGGGGGCGAAGAGGUUUUACCGGCGGAGACGGAAUUUACGGAUGUUUCAACGGGGCUUACAACAAGAUGAAUGCGUAUGCCAUGGGAGUGCCCGACGCGAGUGGGAGGCCUCAGACUAUGGUCCGAUAGACCAACACGGGCCAUUGCCCGCCUCCACGCGUGAGGACGACGACGCGUUGCCGUUCUCUCGAUAUGAAGGGCCUCGCUGCGACAACGACGCCUAUGACCAGGACGGAUACGAUGACGCCUCUGGCCAGGGCCUGGCAUCACCAAGCUGCGCGGAUCUCGAGCUGCGUAUACACAGGGUAGAGGAGACUUCAGCAAUACUGAGGGAGCAACUAGCAAGUGUUAACAGCAAAUUAUCGAUUAUCGACAGCAGGCUUGAAAUGGUACCGAAGCUCUUCAGCCAGGAGAUAGAACGUCUGCUCACUGGCCAGAACAUUUGGCCUUUACAAGGGAGCCAAAGCCAGAUCGUCCCUUUGGAGACGGGUUCAGACCGGACGGUGGAUUCUGCUGAAUUGAUUAUCAACUAG